AUGACCCCUACGGCGUGGCAGGUCAACUGGACCGCGCAACGGUGGGUGGAACAGCUCGCAAGGCUAGGUCCGGCGGUCCUUUUGGGAUCGUGUGCUGCGUACUUCGACGGAGAUGAGGUCCUUCAAGCUCGUCGGCACCUUCAAGUCCAUCGACAACCUCAAAUCCUUAGUUUUGCAAUGACCCCUACGGCGUGGCAGGUCUUGGACCGCACAACGUGCAGCCCGCGCAGGGAUUGCUUGGCGUUUUUUCCUGUCGUUAGCCUCAAGGCGGAAUGCUGGGAACAGCGUGGUGAUGAAACCGUUACUUACACGGAGAGCAUUAAAGCUAGACUUUGCGGUGGACCUUUGAUCGGCUGCGGCGCCAUCGACCUCGCGGACAAUAACAAACCAACAUCUCGUACCAAGCAGAUCGAAGUUCGACAGCAUUUCUUGCGCGAGAAGGACACGCCUCGUCGAGUUAGGGGCCACACUCUCGAGGGACGAUACGCUCAAGAACCACCGCGCCGACGCGCAUUGCUCGCAGAACCCAAUUUAGAGGACGAUCUGGCGUCCACGCAAACGCAUUUCGCCCCUAGCGCAAAUCCCAACCUCGGAAACGUCAAAUACGACCUCCCAGGCGACUGA